AUGUCGUGGGUAUCAGCUUGGGCUACUUCUGCUCGCGAAGAAAUGAGAAAACAUUCAGCAAACAUCGACAACAUGAACGAAGGCCUGCAAUCAAUAGACAUAAUCGAAAGCUUCUUGACUGGUGGACAAUCAGCCCUCAGAGCCGGACGAUGUAUAGCCUGCAUCUACGAGCCACGUCUCAAGACUGGACAAAGAGAUAGCGUUGCCAUUCUGUGGGCAACCAUAUGUAAAGCAGCCAGCUCGAUCGAUGACGCCGCUGCAGUAAAACUUGCUGGACUGGUGAUAGCGAUCCGCAAUCAACCGGAUGUUGUGUCUCUCUCAGGACAAGCCGUAAAAUAUGGAGAUUGGGUGUACUGGCGAGACCUUCCAAGAUGGGGUCAGAUGUUUAGAGAGUAUGGANNUCAGAUUGAUCCUCCAGAUGGCAACGACGCAGAAUGGCAUGCGCAAGCUCCGCAACUGCUCAACAUCACAACCUUUGCAGCGACACUGAUGGUUCGUGCGGAUGGCAAUCCCAGUGUGUCGUUUCCAGCAAGCAUUGCCAUGUAUGAGGGUGUAGAUCGACCAUACAAUGAGACUCGAGAGUUGCGAGAGGAAUGGCGCAUGUACAUACCACCAGCAGCGACUUGGAUCCUACUUGCCGGAAGCCAGAUUCGCGAGCUUUGUUUCAUGGAUGAGCUUCCAGAAGCUGCCAAUAAUCACACUGUAAGGUCUAGAUGGGGUGGAAGAACGUAUUGUCCAGAGAGAUGGCAAUUUUGGAAGCAGCGUUUUGAGCAGCUCGCAAAGGAUGCAUCGAUUGAGGGUCGGUAUCAGGGAUACGCAAAGCAGGCUUACGAGGCGAUGAGAAAUCUGGAUGUAGAAAGAUAG